CCAACCAUAAUAUAAAUCGGGCCUUGACCGGGACGGAAUCACAACCGCCUCGCAAAUUGGCCUCCAAGAUUACGAGAGAUUCCCCAAAGAGAGAGAGAGUGACAGUGCUUGCAGGCGAGUGAGAAUUGAGAAACAAAAGUCGAAAAGGAACGCUGAGGAGGUGCGUUAGAGGGAGAAAAUGCAGGCAAUUAGUAGGUCCCUUGCAACUGGUCGUCAAAACCCUUGCAUCCACAAUGCAAUCCGAUGUUCUUCAGCAUCGGCUGCAUCUGAUCUGAGGAAGAAAGUGGAAUCCAUUCUCGACACUCUCUCUCUAAAACCAGGUGGAAUAUUAGUACAAAACGAUGGUGAUAGUGACAUUGGGAAGCUUAUCAUCGAAUUGGCAAAAGAACGUAAAUACCAAACACUCAGCAUAGUUGCAGACAAGCCUGAGUGUCCAGAAAUAAUUGAAGAGUUGAAAGCCCUGGGUGCGGAUAUUGUGGUUCCAGAAAGCUACACAAAAACUUGGUAUAUGAAGCGUCUGGUGAGAGAACUGAGUCCACCUGCUGGUUUGAAUCUGAGAGAAGAUUCCCAAGCUACUGCUGUGGCUAGAGCUGUGGCAAAUAGCGGUGUGUUUCUCACUUUUGGCAAAAAGCUUCCAAAAUAUGUUGAUUAUGGGGGAGCUGUCCGGAAGCCGGUGGAAUGGACUGCUUUUCUGAAACACAAGAACUUGAAGGUGCACACUAUAUAACCCAUCCUCUGUGUGUGUGUUUGUGGACCUUCUCUCUCUCACUGUGUAUUUGUGGACCUUUAUGGUUCAUUUUGUAUGAAUAAUUAUGAAAAUUGUAAUAGCUUUUGAACUCAUGUCUAUGGGUUCCCAAAUGAGAUCCCCCAAUAUUUAUGUUCAGACAAAGGCUUUUAUCUCAAUUUCUUCUUCAUAUUUCCC